UAUUUAACAACCCAACACAAAAAAAAAUUGACCUUUCCAUCAAUUUACAGCCCUCACUGUACCCCAAAAAAUCUUGUGAAUGAAAAAAGCUUUCCAUUUCCACCCUCGUUAUAAAUUUCAUUUCAAUACUAUACUCGCUGCAUUAUACCAAAGCUCUGUACCUUUUAGCACUCUGGCUGGCUGUCUGCCGACAAUAAACACACACUUUCCACUUCAGUCCUUCUUCGUGCGGCUCACUAGCCGGUCUAGAGAGAGCAAACGAUUCGAGUCGAGAGUUUGGCUAAAAAAAAGUUACGACAGUGAGUUUCAUAUCCUCUCCCUUUUAAGUGCUCCGAAGACACACGAGACACGACCGCGUGCCGGUGUUUUAUAAACGAACUUAUCAUCAUCAGGCGUGCCGCAUCUCUCCAUUUGGAUUUGAGCUAUCAUCAGCUUUCCAUUUACCAUCAUUUAUAUCUGUUUAUCUAUGGGGUAAAACGGCAACCCAUUUUUGGAUUUGUGGUGGCGUAAUAAAGAACUGACAUACGUAUACUCUGAUUUGCGGUCUGCCGGCAAUAAUCGGGGGCUAAACAGCUGCACCGAUUUUGAGCUUUUAUAUCUCUUUUCUGUGUUGUGUAUGGGUCAACAUCAACAACAAAAAGGAGGCCAACUUGCUGCUGCUGCUGUGAGGAAGGAAGGGUUAAAAUACAUUCGUGAGGAUUCACGUGCUGAAAGGCUCUCUGCGUCGCAGUCGCAGUCCCCAGCAUGCAUCCGAUAUCCGAGGGUGGCGUUCUCGGUUUUUUUUUUGUGUGAAUUACCGUCACCGUCACGUUUCACCGAACCGUUCGUUGAUAUGUUUGUUCUGUGAAUAUUGAAAAAUUUGCUGCAAUAUCAUUCUCGUUGUAGAAGUUGCGUGCAGCACAGUGCUGAUUGGUUAAACAUAGAACGACCUUUGGGUGACGAACGAGAAAAUCUAUCCGAGCACUUUUGGUGCAAUAAAAAGUGAUUGUCUUCGGUCAAGUCGAAGAGCGAAGACCCUUCGUGUCGUAGUGUCGUUCAGUUUCGAAGUUUGUCAGUCACUCAGUCGGGCUGUUCGUUCGUCUUCUGCAGUCCUCAUAUUUUACACUUGAGAGUAUCUGUUUUUUUUUUGUGUCUCUGUAUAUUCUCUUGGCAUAGAUUCUUUUCGUUUUCGGAUUCGAAUUGUGUCUUUUAAUUUUUUUUUUCUUGUUUGCUUUUGUGUUGCCAUGCUACUACUCUCUAGUUCACAUGGUGUCUGUGCUAGUGGCUGGCUGUUGUUUUAGUGGCAUGUAUUCCUGCUGCUAUUGAAGCUGCUGCAACUGCUGCGGUUGAACUGUGAAUGCUUUAAAAUAGCUGCAGUGCGGUUUGAUUUGGGUAGCUGCUCAUAUUCGGUUUUCUGCUGUGUCUUUUCUGGUGUGUUACUAUUUGGCGGUGUUAUACUUUUAUUGCAGUUCUUCUCUCUUUUUGUUGAAAGUGCAGCCGUCGAGUGUAGAAAUAUAAACAAGAGAACUUUUUUUUUUUUUGGAUUUAAAUAUUAUCGUGUAGCGCUAGAAGCUAAUGGUUUUCGGGGGAAAUAAAUAAAGAUUAUUUUGUUUGAUUCAAAUGUGCCGGUAGCGGUUGAGGUUUUUUUGGUACCUUUUUUUCCCUGAUUUUUUUGUUUUGGCGUGGACGAGAAAUAUAUAAAUCACAGGAGGUAUCGUAUCUACAGGGAAUCGCUCUGCUAAUUGAAUUGGAGUAUACGAUUUGGUUUGCAGUGCUGUGGUGUACUUUUAAGGAUUUCAAUUGGAGUGUGGACUAAUUAUUAUUCUGUCCAUUUCCGAAGCGAAGAUUUAUCACCAAGUACCACAACUUCAUAUCUACACAAUGAGCUGAAACUUAUUCAACAACUCUAGAAACAAAAGAUUAACCAAAGCAAAUCUAAUCAAAAAAUUACAAACAUUCAUCAUAUCGUAACGCUGUGAAACCAAAAAAAUAAAAAAAAAAAAAAACAAAACUUAAAAAGAAAUUAAAAAAUAAUGGCCACCAAAACGUUAGUACAAAAUAACAGAACGCCAUCUGCCGAGUCAAUUCAACAAUUAUCAUCAAUAUCGUUAAUGCUUGAAUACGAUAUUGACAAUACUUUGAAUACGAUCAAAGAAAACGGUCAUCUGAUGAAGGAAAUCAAAAUUGUACGAGAUUGCCGGCCAAAGCUGGAAAUCAAUAAUAAUGACAAAUUAUUAAGUCAAAGUCCACCUUCACCGGCAGUGCUGCCAACAAAUGCACGCAAACGAUGGAAGAUUCUGGCAAAAGUUUUGCGUAAGGACUCAGAAGAAACAAUAUCAUCUGAAGAUGAAGAACGUACAGCUUCAGUGCGUCGAUUUAAGAGUUUUGACUUGCUAAAACAGGAUAGCUUCGAAGAUCAUAUAGCUUUAAAUUGCCUUGGCAAACCUGACAAUUGGUACAAAUAUAAGGUUCUCAUUGGACCGAUUGAACAUUCAGUUAAUAUUCAUCAUAUCGAUCGACAUUUGACAGCCAAUGAUUUGAUGGGAUUUAAUAAUACAGGAAAUAUCUGCGUUUGGCCAUCAGAGGAAGCUCUGACAGUUUAUGUUCUUUCGGAUCUUGAAAGUUAUAGGGGUAAAUGGAUAUUGGAAUUAGGCGGUGGAAUGACUUGCCUAACCGGCUUAAUGCUUUCAAAAUAUUCAAAACCCUUUGCAGUCCACCUUACCGACGGCAAUGAUGUGUCAGUGGAUAAUGUCCGGAAAACCGUUUGCCUUAAUGAACUCUCCUGUUAUACUAAGUGUUCGGUUUUAAAAUGGGAAGAUACAACCACACGAUCUAUAAAUGAAUUUGAAAAAUUCGAUUGUAUACUUUCGGCAGAUUGUUUAUUUUUUGAUGAAGCACGUUCAGCUCUUGUAGAUACGAUUUGGUUCUAUUUAUCUCGUGGCGGUGAAGCUUUAGUAAUGGCACCUCAACGUGGCAAAACUUUAAGUCUUUUUGUCGAAGAAUGCCUUCGAAAAGGUUUCAAUUGUGACGUAAUUCAUCGAUAUAAUGAAAUCAUUUGGCAGCGACAUCUAGAGUUGCAGGGAACAGAACUUUACGAUGAAAACAUACAUUAUCCCGUCCUCAUGAAGCUGAAAAAACCUCUAGCACCCGUUGUACAUGAUUAAUAUAAUAAAAUAUUAUAAAUUUAUAUAAAUCAAUUCGAAACAUUAAAAUUAUAUUCCAGUCUAGAAAUUUAAAAAAAAAAUUAAAAUUAAAAAAAAAUUGAUAUCAAAUUGAUGAGAACCAAAGAAAAACGAACUACAGUCCAAUCCGCUUAAUUGAUUCGUUUAUCGAUUCAGAAUUUAUUUUACCCAAGUUUCAUAACCAAUAAGUAGCAAGGGUAAGGCAGUGCGAAUUUUCAUAAAGAAACAGCACGAAUUUAAGUUCAUAUGUCAGUUUGACAGUUCAGAAGAUGAUCAAUUCGGCAAGCGUAAGGUUUCUCUAUGUGACAGCAAAUCGUAUACUAAAAAGUUAUUUUAAAUGCUAUAAAGUGACAGAUAGCAAAAUUAGAAUGUGUUCACGAAAAAACAAUCUUAUUUCGACUGCAUGUAAGCUAUAAUAAAAAUAAUAAAGUACUUUUAAAAAUUGAUAAUGAGUUCAUUUGACAGUAUAAAUUCAAAUUUAGUCGAUUUUUAAACUAAAUUAAAUAAGUGACAGCAUUGUAUGACUU